UGAAAGUUGCGACCGGAAGUGCGAUAGCUUUUUUUUGUUGUCAAGGGUAAUGCUGUCGGACGGUAAUUAUUUAUUUUUGUUUAACCGUCUUUACUAUACAGUUGUUCACUGGAAGACUAAUUUUAAUUGUCGAACUUGAUGGAAGACAGUAAUAAACGGAGCCGAGCCGAACAGGGCCGGUCCAGACCACGGGGAGACAGUUUCACCCAAACUGAUAGUAGAAUACGAGGCCAUGGACCCAGGUUGUCCAAGGUGAACCUGUUCACUCUGCUGAGCUUGUGGAUGGAGCUGUUCCCUCAGGAGCAACCUGAAGAGGAUGACAGCCAACAGGUCCGUGGAGUGGGUUUGGUGGUGGUGAGGGACGGCAAGGUGGUGGGGCUUCACUGCUCAGGAGCAGAGCUGCAUGCAGGACAGGCGGCCAUCAUCCAGCACGGUGCACGUCUGGCCAGCUGUCAGCUGUACUUCUCCAGGAGACCCUGUGCUAGUUGUCUCAAGAUGAUCAUCAAUGCUGGAGUCAGUCAGAUAUCCUUCUGGCCCGGAGACCCUGAGAUCAGCCUGCUGAAGUCGGCAUCUGUAAACCCCUCUAACCCCCAUCCCAACAGCCCCUCUAAUGUCAGUGAAGAAGCUGAGCUGGAUGCUAUGACCGUGGAGAAGCUGAAGUCUAACAGCCGUUCCCACAUCUGCGUGCUGCUGCAGCAGCUGGAGCCUGAUCUGGUGCAGUUUAUUGAUGAGACAUCUAGAGAGUCUGAUUUCAUAGAGAGGAUGGCUGAUGACGACCCGAAGCUGAAGACACAUACACUCUUCAACAGAGAGCGUAGAAGACACCUGGGAGAUUUCACUACACACUUCCUGGUUAGUACAUCUCAGCAGCACAAGGACAUUUUGAUCCAGAUGGGUCUGGAUAAUUUCUGUGCGGAGCCCUACUUCUCCAACCUGAGACAGAACAUGAGGGAACUGGUGGAGGUCCUUGCUGCAGUGGCUGCCGGGUUGCCACAGCAACUCUACGGCUUCUACAGAGAGCAACUGGCGACAUCACUGUGUCAUCAAGAGGAAGUGUCCCAAGAGGUGGCUCACCACUGCAUCAUCCAGGCCAGGCUGCUGGCCUAUAGGACGGAGGACCCAAAAUUGGGUGUCGGUGCUGUUAUUUGGGCAAAAGGACAGUCGGUUGGCUGUAGUGGAACUGGGGGUCUUCAUCUGGUGGGCUGCGGCUUCAACGCUUACCCUGCAGGUUCAACGUAUGGCGAGUACCCCCAAAUGGACACCAAGCAGAAGGACCGCAAGAGACGUAAAUAUGGAUACAUCAUCCACGCAGAGCAGAACGCCCUCACCUUCAGGAUGCGGGACAUCAGAGCAGAAGAGCCCACUAUGUUGUUUGUAACGAAGUGCCCUUGUGAUGAGUGUGUCCCUCUAAUCAGAGGAGCUGGAAUCACACACAUCUACACCUCAGACCAGGACAGGGACAAAGAUAAGGAGGACAUUUCCUACCUGAGGUUCAGCAGCCUGAAGGAUAUCAGCAGAUUCACAUGGCGAAGGAGUCAGUCAGUUUCUUCAGCACCUUCACCUCAUCUUGCCAAUGGUUACGUUGGGGAGCACAGCAGCUGGACUGAACAGGAGAGCUCCAAAGGCAAGAAGCUUUGCACCAGGAGGUCCAGGGACUCACCCGGCGUCAGCUGAUCAUCAGCUGUUCAUCCAUGGACGGACAGAAGGACGAAGCCAAGUACCGAACACAACAGGAUUGCGUUUUUAGGUCAUGUGACACAGAUUUGAUGUCACAGUUUUUUUCCUUUUUUUUUUUUUCCCUCCUCCAAGUUACUAUACCAUCCUAUAUAGUUACUAUAUACAAGUCCAAUCAAUAUGCGGGCUAAAGAGACAAUAUGAUGUGUUCAAGGGACACCUCGAAGAAAGAAUGGAUACAAUGGAACGCUAGAGAAAGGUAUGCUGAUUCAGUUUUAAUUAUAAAGAAAGGAAAAGAGGUUCAAUUACAUAAAUGUGUUUAAAGUGGUCCUAUAAUAUAAGUGGGAGAUGAAGAUGGGGGUGUGUUUUCCAGAAUGUUCCUCAUAGACUUGAAUAAGGGUUGAAGGAUUCCUGAUGGCACUUGAUGUUGCAGUAUCUAUAUUUUCAUUUUUAUUGUGCUCAUUUUUCCGUUUAAGAUGUCCUACAAAUAAGAUGGAUAUUGUUUUAAUCUUUCUUAGAUGAAAUGCAUUGAAGAGAAAUGCAUAUUUCUUAGACUUGAAAGAAGGUUAAAACAUUUUGCUGAGGAUAAAAAAAAGUAGUCAUGUUUACAGAAAUGAUGUGAAAGCUGUACUUUGCUCAGGUGCAACAAGGUGUAUUUUUGUAGUUGAAGGUACAAAGCAGCCUGUCAACACCAAAGAUGAGCAAACACACACAGACUGCAUUCUCAUCCUUUUAUUUGUAGUGAAUGUGGUACAAUAGCAUCAAUGUGGAAAACAAGCUGGCUACUUUCAGAAAGUCAUCUGGGAAGAUUUUUCUGAGACCAAAGUCGCUCACUAUAGUUUACAAUAUCUGCAUAAAGCUGGUCUGUGUGCAUAACAAUCUCAUAUUGUGAUCUGUCACAGCUUAUAAUAUCCAAACUAGCUGGUUUCAUAUUCUUUUCUCCAGUCACGAGAGAAAGCAUGCAGUUUUUUUUUUUUCUUCGAUCUCAGAUGAAAAGUAAAAGAAAGUUCACAGUUUUAUAAUUGUUUAAUGUUACUUGGCACACUGUUGCUUGUAUUCACUUUUUUUUAUCAGGUGACUGCUUAGCAGGAAUUUCACUUUUUUAAAUUUGUUACUAAUCAAAUCAAAACUUUAUUUAAAGUAGCUGUUACUUAAAACUUGAGAGAAACCUUACGCUUAGAGGAGCAUUACAUACCGAUUUGAAAAUUUAGGAAUUUUUAGGAGUUUGAUGUCUGGGUUUCUUAAAAAGGGGAGUGGAAUCACAUUUUAUUUUCAAAAUUGAAUAAAAUAAUCAACACUGCAUCAAAUGUA